AGUAGAAUUUUCAUUGUUGGGUGGAGUGUCCCUUUAAGUCUCACAGGAAUUACUAAAGCUUUCACUUUCGGUUUACUUGACAGCAGAGGACGCCUGAAUGAAAAUCAGCUCGGAAACAACCUUGCUGUUACUGCGUACAUCAUUAAGAGAUUAAUACCUGCAUACAAACUGAUAUUACCGUUAAUGUCAUUCUAAUCGCUGAUAUAAACGGAAAUCUACAGGGUCCACAACAGGGUUCUGACGAGCGUAUACCGUGAAAUGGCUGAAUCCAAUAUUUCAGUAUCUCCGGCACUGUUAAAAUGUUCAGUGUGUUUGGAUCUACUGAAGGACCCUGUCACUGUUCCCUGUGGACACAGUUAUUGUAUGAAAUGUAUUUCUGACUACUGGAAUCAAAAUGAUCAGAAGAGAGUCUGCAGCUGCCCUCAGUGCAGACAGACCUUCAGCCCUAGACCUGCUUUGAAUAAAAACCCAAUAUUGGCUGAAAUGGUUGAGACAAAACCCCAAGCUGAAGACGUGGACUGUGACGUUUGCACUGGAAGAAAACACAAAGCUGUCAGGUCCUGUCUGGAGUGUCAAACCUCUUACUGUCAGAAUCAUCUUGAGCAACAUGAGAAUUUUCACUCAGGGAAGCGACACAAGGAUGCCACCGGACGACCGGAUAUGAUAUGCCCUGUACACGGUAAAAUACAGGAUGUUAACUGUUGGACUGAUCAACUGUUUGUAUGUCCUUAUUGUAAGUUGAAGGAAAUUCAGAGACAGAGAAUCCAGAAGAGAGAGAAGGAGCUUCAUGAGUUAAGAGCAGGUGUCGAGUCUUACAAGCGCUCUUCCCAGACAGCAGUGGAGGACUGUGAGGUUAUCUUUACCGAACUGAUCUCAUAUUUUGAGCAAAGCCGCUCUGAGGUGACACAGCUGAUCAGAGAUCAGGAAAAAGCUGCAGUGAGUCGAGCUGAAGGAGUUUUGAAGCAACUGAAGCAUGAGAUUGAUGAUCUGAAGAAGAAAGAUGCUGAGCUGGAGCAGCUUUCACGCACGGAUGAUCACCGGCAAUUCCAGCAGAUUUUCCAGUCGCUCUCUGCUCCUACUGAAUCUUCAGACUCACAGUGCAUCACUGUCAGCUCUCUGCUCUCUUUUGAUGAUGUGGAAAAUUCUGUAUCCCAACUGAGAGAGAAACUGGAGCAUUUCUGCAGGGAGGAGUUGGAAAAGCUUUCUGAUAAGGUGAUAUACACAGAGACUAUUCCCAGCCCUGAACCCAACACCAGGGAGCCUUUUCUUCAAUAUUCUCAUCAGCUGACACUGGAUCCAAACACACUGUAUGAACGCCUCCGUCAGUCUGAGGGGGACAGAGUGGUAACCUACACAACAGGAGUCCGACAGUAUUCUGAUCAUCCAGACAGAUUUAAUGCUUUGCUUCAAGUGUUGUGUAGAGAGAGUGUGUGUGGACGCUCUUACUGGGAGGUUGAGUGGAGUGUGAAGGUGGGGAUAUCAGUGUCGUAUAAGAGCAUCAGUAGGAAGGGACGGGGUAAUGAGUGUGAGUUUGGACGUAAUAAUAAGUCCUGGAGUUUGUCCUGCUCUGACUCCAGUUGUUCAUUCUGGCACAAUAAUGUUGAGACUAAACUCCCAGUAGUGUCUAGAUCUGCUAGAAUAGGAGUGUAUGUGGAUCACAAUGAAGGAACUUUGUCCUUCUACAACAUCUCAGAUACAAUGACCCUCAUCCACAGCAUCAACACCACCUUCACACAGCCUCUGUAUCCUGGCUUUAGACUUUCUUUGAAUGGUAAAGUGACACUAUGUGAUCUAACAAUGUAGAUCAGUGGUUCCCAAUGCAGGUAAAGUAUGUGAGCAUGUAAGCUUACAGUAUCUGCUUUGAGGAAGUUUAAAUAUUUAUAAAUGGUUGAUCAAAUGAAAAUAAAAAGGAGACGUUGGGAACCACUGAUGUAGAUGGUACAGAGAUUAAGUUAUAUUUUGUAAUCUAUAUUUGUUUGCAGCUCAAGGGUAGUAUAAUUUACAGUAGGAUUACACUAAUAAUUUAAUUCCACAUAUUUUUUACAUCAACAAAACGUCAGAAUUUGACUGCUUGAUUGUAUGUGUGUUUGUAAAUGACUUGUGUUCAGUGAUGGCUUGUGUCCCAGCCAGUAAAUACACAUUGGGCGCAGAUGGGUUUGAAGUGGGCUGUGUGUCUGGGUCUCAGCCGUUUGUCCACGGGUUCCAUGUAGGCCCUAUAUGGGUUAGCCCAGAUGACAUAAACACUGCUUAGUGUGUAUACUACAGGGUGGUAAAUGUAACACUGAAUGAUUGCCUUUUUUUAAAGUCCUAUUUAUUAGGGAUGCAACAAUACAGCUCACCCACGGUUCAAUACGUACCUCGGUUUUUUCCCCACGGUAUUCAGUUCGGUUCUAAAGGCUUGGUUAUUUCAUUAUUCUAUGCUUAUGACAAUAAAUGACAAUAAAGUUGAAUCUAAACUUAUGAGACAGGAACAGUAAGAAGUUCAGAAGAAAAAAAACACUAUUUUAUUGCAAUUCUCUUUAAGCAAAACUCUACUUGUACAAAUUCCUGGUGUAUUGAAUAAAUGUAAAGAUUUACACUGGUAGCUCACAGCAGUUCUUGGUUUACUGUUCAUCAACAUGCCAGUAAAAUGAGCUUCUUGAAAAGGUUUUGCGCAUCAGAGUAUUUAAAAUAACGUAAUGCAAACUUGCGAUUGCUGUAAUGGAAGUAAACAGACAAACUUGCGAUUGCUGUAAUGGAAGUAAACAGACAAAUGUGCGGUGUGCAUUUAACACUGCAAACACUACCGCUCAUUUGUUAUGGCUAGAAGGGAUACAGCUACCUCCACUGGGCAUGCACACUUCAAUACCGCAUAAUUUUUAUCUUGCUGACAACAGUUAAUUACUAUUUUUUAUUAUUGUAAGGUUAGGUUUAGGGUUGGGGGUAGGUGUAGGUGUUAGCUAAUGUUACUUAUUGUAAUUUUAUGGCGAGAUUUUGCAUCACUUCCGGUCGUAGCGUUCCCUUCUAGCCACAACGCCGCUUUUAAUGGGCAAGGCCAAAGAUAAUAUACUGUAUUUACAAGGUGCGCCACUGCCAUUACAAUAAAUUGGAAGAAUGGCAAUGCUAAAUAGCUGCCCGGAGGCGCUCUUGCUAUGACCUACUGUAAAUAGCUGACCGAAAGGCUGUCGAGUGGCAUGACUUUUGUUAAACGGACUUUGGCAUGGUGCUGUAGAUGCUCUCCCUGCAUGUGCUGGGUGAGAGCAACACGAACGUGCUGCUUUUGUAUGCAGUGUAAAACACAUGAAAUACAUCCUUGAUGUGCCAAAUUCAGACAUCACUUUGGUACAAUGGGCAUGCAAUAAAGCUGCUAGGUUCCGGUGCUUCUGAUGGCCAGAGUCUGUUCAUCAGCAUUAUACUCACCAGCACAUUGUUUCUCAUGUUGCAGGCUGCCUCGCUUCACUGCUCGACCACCACUCGCCAUUAGAUAUUUACUCGUGGGGAUGAGUUUAUCCAUCUCAGCACACAGACAUACAGACAAACACAGACAGAGCCAGUUCAGAGAGUAAUUAAGCGCACAGGAUAAUUUACUCACUUACGCGCAUUGAACCGUGGAGGUCGUACCUAACAGUUAAAUAUUUUACUGAAAAUUGUGGCAUCCCUGUUAUUUAUUUUAUAUUUGCUGCUGCUUGAUGUAGUUCUUGACUAUCAAAAUAUAUUUUACUUAUAUUUAGUCAAAACAUUAAAUUUUUACUCUUUCAUUAGUUAUCUUAUUUAUAAAUUUGUUCACUGUAAGUUUAAUUAAUGUUUAGUUUUAAUGAUCUUCUCACAGUUCCAGCGGGUUUUGCAUCUUUCCUAGAAUCCUUUGCAUGAAUGACCUUGUUACACUGUCACAUGUAAUGCAUGUUUUACAGCUCUAUAUAUGUAAUAAUGAUUUUAUGUAUAUUAAAGUUUUGAUAGGUUUACAUGUCAUUUUACUCCAUUUACUCCAUGUUUCUUUUUCCACUUUAAAUGUUACCUAGGGUGCUUCUCAAUUCUUAUUUGUGCAUCCUCGUUUCCUUUUCUUGCGUCUUAGCUCCACCCCUUCAGGAUGGGAGGGAAGGGAGCAAUGAGGACGGAGGAAUUAAAAGAAGUGAAAUGGCAUAUCCUCGGUCUCGUUAGGGUCACUUCGUCGUCAAUUAAUGAUGACUGUACACAUUGUCCAUUGAAAAUAAAAAAAUAAGUUAAAUACACACUUUAGGCAGAUGUCCUAAUCCCCACUAC